AUGUCGCUGCACAAUAUGUGCUUUAUGAUUCCUGCUACCCUACUACACGACACAUAUUCCAAAGGUGACUCGAGCUACAGUAUCAUAAUGACAGCACUUUCUGGAUGCAUUUGGUAUAUUGAAGUAGUCCACAUUGGUCUGAUGGCAAUCAACAGAUUUCUUUCUACUCAUUACCCGAUGCACUAUGCCUUGCUUUUCUCUAGCGAAAACACCCUUUUUCUAUUGUUUCUUUGUUAUGUUGUUGGAAUUGCUGUCUCUAUCCCUAUGCUUACACCAUGCUGCUAUAUCUUAUGGGAUUCGUAUAAUUACACAUCAAUCCCAGAAAACCCGCAGACAUGGUACAUGUCCUUGGAUCUAUGCUUGAAUAUUGUAGUUCUUACUAUUACUAUCAUCUCCUAUACUGCAGUACUGCGGAAAGUUUACACAAUUCGACGCUCUUCUGAGCGUUUCCUGAGCAGCAGAAGGUCCAAUUUUCAGACGGGCAAAGAGGUACGACUGCUUGCGCAGGUGAUUAGCUUCAAGAGUUCUUAG